AUGGAUCUUGAUGAGGCAGCAAUAUUAGGCGACUGGACUUACUCUCUUCUUGUACAUCAAGUCGAACUUUCUGUCAAUCUUCUGCCAAGCAUCGGCAAUGGCAGUGGUGUUGGACAGCAUACAGACAGCUCUGCUCACGUCAGCAAGCUCAGACUCUGGGGUCUGGGUUGGCUUUUGGUAGCAAAUACCAAUCUUGAAUCCCGUUGGACACCAGUCAACCAGUUGCACAGUCUUCUUCGACUUGAUCACCGAAACGGCGUUCUGAACGUCUCUGUUGACAACGUCACCUCUGUAAAGCAGACAUGUAGCCAUGUACUUACCAAGUCUUGGGUCGCACUUGACCAUCUGGUUGCCUGGCUCGAAACAAGCAGCAGUGAUUUCGGAAACGGAGUUGGCCUCGUGGGUCAUUCUGGACUUGGACAUCACUGGGGCGUACGAGACCAAUGGGAAGUGGAUUCUUGGGUAUGGCACCAGGUUGGUCUGGAACUCGUUCAGGUCAACGUUCAAAGAACCGUCGAAUCUCAAGGAUGCCGUCACGGAAGAAACAACCUGGGCAAUCAAGUUGUUGAGGUUGUUGAAGCUUGGUCUGGCAAUGUUGAGGUUCUUACGGCACAUUUCGUAAAUGGCCUCGUUAUCGACCAUGAAGGUACAGUCAGCGUUCUCCAAAGUGGUGUGGGUGGUCAAAACAGUGUUGUAAGGCUCAACAACAGAAGUAGACACUUGAGGAGCAGGGUAAACUGCAAACUCGAGCUUGGACUUCUUACCGUAAUCGUUGGAGAAUUGUUCCAAAAGCAGCGAUCCCAAUCCGGAACCGGUACCACCUCCAAGCGAGUGUGUGAACAAGAAACCUUGCAAACCGUCACAUUGGUCGGUCAUCUUUCUCAAUCUGUCGCUAAUGUCGUCCAAUAA